UCUCUCGUGUCUCCAGGAUGGGCUUCUCUGGAGCAGCAUGGUGAAAGGAGCGUGUAGGAUGGGAGGGUCUCAGCCUAUCUACCCAACCUGGCUUCAGUCAACCUUCCCCCUGCCUCCCUCCCAACUUCCUGUCUUCCUCCCAUGUCAUCAUCUGCUGAGCUGGCUUAGGGGAGUGGUUGGCAAGACUAGGGGAGGGCUAAAACUGGAGGUCUGACCUUCCAGGAGAAUCUUCUAAUGUUCUUAGGGCAGCUUAGCUGGCCUGGCCCCAUCCCCCACCCCCACCUUCACCUGCCCCCUCUGUUGCCCAUCACAUUCAGUUGCCCAGGAGAUGAUGAAGACCUGGCUAAGCUGAGGAAAGGGAGGAAGAGGGGCCUAGCCUUCAGAAAUCAAUCAGCAGAAGCCUGGAGGAGACUCACCUCACUCCCUGACAUUCCUGGUGGCCAGGAUGGGGCAGCAGUUCAGCUGGGAAGAGGCAGAGGCAGCGGGCGAGAUGGAUGUGGCCGAGCUCCAGGAGUGGUACAAGAAGUUUGUGGUGGAGUGCCCCAGUGGCACACUCUUCAUGCACGAGUUUAAGAGCUUCUUCAAAGUCACUGGCAACGAGGAGGCCACCCAGUAUGUAGAGCGCAUGUUCCGUGCCUUCGACAAAAAUGGGGACAACACCAUUGACUUCUUGGAAUACGUGGCAGCCCUGAACCUUGUGCUGAGGGGCACACUGGAGCACAAACUAAAGUGGACCUUCAAGAUCUACGACAAGGACCGAAAUGGCUGCAUUGACCGACUGGAGCUACUCGAUAUUGUAGAGGCAAUUUACAAGCUGAAGAAAGCCUGCAGGCUGGAGAUAGGCGCUGAACAGCAAAGCCAGCUGCUCACACCCGAGGAGGUUGUGGACAGAAUCUUCCUUCUGGUGGAUGACAAUGGCGAUGGCCAGCUGUCUCUGAAUGAGUUCAUUGAAGGUGCCCGUCGAGACAAGUGGGUGAUGAAGAUGCUGCAGAUGGAUGUGAACCCUGGUGGCUGGAUCUCUCAGCAGAGGCGGAAAAGUGCCAUGUUAUGAGGGGUCUGGGGACCUGGGGGCCCAGUAGGUGUCCACAGGACCCUCAAAGAUAGCCCGCUCGCCCAGAUUUUUUGAGGAGUGGGAGGGACCCUGACUUAGCCUGCUGAUGUCCACUCAUCCUGGCUUGGAUGCCCAGGUACGCCCUCAGUAGGGGGGUUUGGGGGACUGUAGAGAGGAGGUGCUAUUGGUCUGAAGUAGCCAACAGGGUGACGUCUAUUCAAGAGGGUUUACUGGGGUGAUGAAGGGAACUGCCUUACCCUCACCCUUCAGAGGCUCCUAGAAGAACUAGGCCUUGGCUGGCUGGCUGUGGGGCUCCCACAAAUUCCUAUGUAAUUCUCAACUGGAAGCAGAGGUAGACUGAGGGGGUGUGGUCCCAGAGCCCACAUUAGCAAUGAGAAUGCCCAUUCAGUAUGAAGGGAAGUCUGAUAGAAGGAAGGGACAGGAGUUGUGUCUGAAGAAACAGUAAUAAUUACACCGUCCCCAGGAUCCUGAGGAGUGCGCAUGGGGAAGAUUCUUGCUCCUCUUCCCCAGGUUGUCCUCAGUAGGCGUGUCAACAGGAAAAGCUGCUGCAAGUAAUGCUGUGGUGUCCCCGCCCUUGAG